AUGUCUGCCCCAGGAGCUGGUCAUGAAUUUCCCGCCCAAGAGGUGUCUUGGCAGAAGCGCGAUGUUCUGCUGUUCGCCAACAGCAUCGGCUGCAAGGCCGACGAGCUGCAGUUCCUCUACGAGCUUCACCCGAACUUCUCGGUCUUCCCGACCUAUCCUCUGAUUUUGCCCUUCAAGCUCACCGACCAGGAAGUGACGGAUUUCUAUGCGCGCCAAAAGGCAGUUUCCAUCCCUGGCGUUCCCGCCUUGGACCACCGCCACGGUGUCGAUGGCCAGCGCAAGCUCACAAUCCUGAAGCCACUCCCGCCCACGAGUGUGGGCCGGACAUUCGAGCUGCGCAACAAGGUCAUCGGCGUCUACGACAAGGGCAAGCCUGGGACUGUCAUUGAGACGGAGCAAUCAAUCGUGGACAAACAGUCCGGCGAGGUGUACUCCAAGACUGUGUCGAGUGGGUUCCUAGUUGGACAGGGUAACUGGGGUGGGCCCAAGGGCCCGAGCACGGUCAACUACGCUCCGCCGCAAGGAAAGAGCCCGGAUGCUAUCCAUGUUGUCCAGACUAACAUGGAAACGGCCCAUUUGUACCGUCUCAACGGGGACUACAACCCCCUCCACGCCACACCAGAGCCCGGCCAAAAGAUGGGCUUUGGGGGAAUUAUCAUCCAUGGCUUGUUCAGCUGGAACUCCGCAGCCCACGGCAUCUUGCGGGAACUGGGGGGCAGUGACCCCGCCAAUCUCAAGGAGUUCCAGGCGCGCUUUGCCUCGCCCGUUCGGCCGGGUGACAAGCUGACCACGGAAAUCUGGAGGAUGGGCAAUGUGGAGGAUGGCUAUGAAGAAGUCCGCUUUGUCACCAAGAAUGACCAGGGUAAGGCCGUGCUGAGCAAUGGUCGGUGUCUGUUGAAGGUGACCGGGGCCAAGAGCAAGCUGUGA